GGGGGGGCCGAGGUGGGACGACUAUCUUUUGGACCAGAAGAAGAGCAAAGCAAAGACGGACACACCGCUAAGUUGUCCUCUGCUUCAUGCCGCUGCAACGUCCAGCAGUACAAAGUUUCAGAAGUGUUCCCAACGGGAGGAGGGAGGUUGAAGAGGGCUGAGGCUGGCUGUCUUGAAGUUGGACACAGAGUUUGUUUUUCUUAUCGGUUGCGGUAUAUUCUUGGUGCUGGUCCCUGGCCCGGCCAAGCCCAGCCUGGCCCUUCUGGCUUGGUUCCGAAGUUCUGGGCGAUGACAGAGAGCUGUCUCCCAAGAUGUUGAGUCUGGAUGGAUUGGAGAUGAUUGCGGUGUUGGUGGUCAUGGGCCUCUUCAUUAAGGUUCUGGAGCAGUUUGGGAUGUUUGAGCCCGUCGGUGGUGAAGACAGCAUCGAAGAUGACUUUGAGUUGUCCACCGUGUGCCAUCGCCCGGAGAGCAUGGACAAGCUGCAGGAGCAGACUAAGUUCACCAAGAAGGAGCUGCAGGUCCUCUACCGGGGCUUCAAGAACGAGUGUCCAAGCGGGGUGGUGAACGAGGAGAACUUCAAGACCAUCUAUUCUCAGUUCUUCCCACAGGGAGAUUCCAGUAUGUACGCCCACUUCCUGUUUGAAGCCUUCGACACUGACAAGAACGGCUCUGUUAGUUUUGAGGACUUUGUGUUCGGCCUGUCCAUCAUCCUGAGAGGAACCAUCAACGACCGGCUGAACUGGGCCUUCAACCUGUACGACCUGAACAAGGAUGGCUGCAUCACCAAGGAGGAGAUGCUGGACAUCAUGAAGUCGAUCUACGACAUGAUGGGGAAGUGCACCUACCCCAAUAUGCAGGACGAGGCCCCCAGGGAACACGUGGAGAACUUCUUCCAGAAAAUGGAUCGUAACAAAGACGGAGUGGUGACCAUCGAGGAGUUCAUCGAGUCGUGUCAGAAGGAUGAGAACAUCAUGCAGUCCAUGCAGCUGUUUGACAACGUUAUUUAAAGGAGCUGGCGCAACAGAGGAUCCACCGCACUGGGAAGGGGUGUGGGUCUACAGUGUGUGUGUGUGUGUGUGUGCGUGUGUGUGUGUGUGUGUGUGUGUGUGUGUAGGUGCGUACGUGUGAGCAUGUGUAUGUAGAUUGUGAUAACUCUCCAUCCGUAGGCUGCUGGGUGGAGGGGCAACAGGAGAGGAAAGAGAGAAAGAGGGGGAUGAGUGAGAGGGUUUUGUCAUCGGGGAGAUUCCUGUCAGACACAAUAGUUGUCUUACAAAUUUCUUGUUUAUCCUGAAAACGUGUACGGACCUCACAGGAAGAGAGAGAGUAGAUGACAGACAUCUCACAACCCGAAGACAUUCCCAUGUUUUAUUCAAGGUUACCUCUGACAGAACAUUAGAGUUCAUCAGGAUGGAAGGCAUCGUGAUUCCUGCUUCAAGAAUGUCUUAAGAAGGUUUUGGGAACACACUGUCAUCUUGGUCCGUGGGUACAAUCUAUACUCAAAAGCUACAAUUGGCCCCAUUUUCUGCUGGUUCUUGCAGUUAAUCUAGCACCACCUGGUGGACUAAAAGGAUCCCAAACAGUCUCAAAGGGAACUAUGGACCCCUACAGAGAGAGAGAGAACUGGUCAUCUUUUAUCAAGGGUCGAAUGGCAGACGAAUGCACAAGUAUUGUUUUCAAUAAAGAACUAAUUUCAAUAUCGCAUGAUGAUGUCACCAAUAUCCAAUUAUGUAUUUAUAGUGGAAUUCCAAAGUCUGCCUCUAUCUGUCAAAUGUUCCCUUUCAUCUAAAGGUGCCUCACCCAUAGUGUGUGUGUGUGUGUGUGUGUGUGUGUGUGUGUGUGUGUGUGUGUGUGUGUGUGUGUGUGUGUGUGUGUGUGUGUGUGUGUGUGUGUGUGUGUGUGUGUGUGUGUGUGUGUGUGUGUGUGUGUGUGUGUGAGCGAACCUGAGGUUGGGGUAUUAGACAGUCAUUGGUUAUCGUUCCCAUGUAUUCCAGAGAAAAAAUACUGCAGCUUCCAACCUGUAUACUCAUCUCCAGUCCUUCAUAUAGAGGAAAGAAAAUUGUGUGGCCAUAUUAUUUGUGUGCGUGCAAGCCGACUGUGUGUAUGUGUGGACACAUGUUUGUGUGUAUGGCUGACAGCGGUUUGGGAAGGUACUGUUAAGAAUUCCCGUGCCCCCUUCCCACAUUCUCCCUCUUUCUAUCAACACCAAAGAGUCACAGUUCCACACGAGGAUGCAGAGAGAGCCAUGGAUAAGGGAGGGACUCCCACCCCUUGUGAGGGGAGAUAGAGGGAGACAUGCUGCCCAUCGAUAAGGCGGUGAUCCAAGAUAUUAAACUGUUCGAGGUUGCCGACCCCAAUGUUAGGGUUUUGACGAAUAUAGCUUUUUUAUGUAAUACUUUAUACCUAGUUAUUAUUAACUGUCCGUAAUUAUCUGAGCUACUGAAAGUGUACGUGCAAUAGGUUCAACAGGAUAGUGAGUCACUAACAUGUUGUGAGGUAUUUUUAAAUGGCCAGACACUUACGUGGCAAGCAAUAAUGAUCUCAGAAACAUCAUCUAAAAAUGUUCCACUCACUCUACCUUCUUUAUCAGAGAAAUAAAACGACAUAGGUAAAAAAAAAACAUUAGAUGUCCUCAACACAUCAUCCAGUCAGGUGAACUCAAAUAUGAA